GAACCGAAUAAAUUUAUCUUGACUACAUCAGGAGAAGAGAAUAUUGCUGAACGGAAAUAUUUGAUGAAGGAAAUUCCCAUGCACCCCUAGGUCCUCAGAGCCAAAGAAAAAAACAGCCCCUUGCCGAGAAAAACUCGUUUGUAUUAAUAUUUGGACAGCUAUAGGGUGGCCAAGUGAGAGAGACGGCGUCUCCGAUGACGCGUGAGCUGUACGCUGGUGUAUAUCUCUUGGUCGUGUUUUGCACUGCAGAUGCUGCUGAAAAAGUCAUAAGCGCACGUGGAGUGCGGCUGCGCCCGCUCGCCUUGCUCGCUGCGUGCCCCGAAAGGUACAAUUGGUCCGCGACGCCCUGCUCGCUGGCAGUAGUGGUUGACGGACAGUGGCGUGCACACCACCCGGGAUGACCUGCCCCACGCCAUGACCCGCCUCGCCGCCAGCGCUGGUGUUUGUCUGUUGACUCUGCUGCAUGUGACAAGAGCCGGCCACCUGGGGGCGGCGGCUGUCGCCUCGACCGCCGUCCCCGACAACACUUCCGCCUCCUUGAUCUACAACACUUCAGAUGCAAGCAUUGCACCAUUCAUUGAUCCUGAAUUGCAAAUCGGAACUUUGCCUCUUUGGCCGCAGGCGGAACCGUGCGGAUGCUGGAACACAACAGAGGAUGGCCGCGAGGUAGAGGUGGAGUGCAAGUGCGGCGGACCCAGACUCACCUACAUCCCCACGGACUUGGCCAAGGGAGUGCAACGCAUAUCUCUGGUCAACGCCGCCUUGCAGCACAUCCCGAGCGACGCGUUUCAACCGUACCGAUCCACCCUGCAGGACAUCGUUUUGCUUAAGCUGCGGAGCUUGGAUGCGAUCGAGGAAGGCGCCUUCGAGAAUCUCACUGAGCUGCGAACAGUGUACAUCGACCACGCACCGCUGCUCACGAGUCUGCCCAACCGGCUGUUUCACACCCACCUGCCCAGCUUGAAAAUCAUCCGCAUCGUUCACACUGGAAUCACCACCUUGCCCCAUUUGAGUGGCCUGAAAACCAACUCCAUUCUCCACAUGGUGGACCUGGAAAACAACCGCAUCACCAAAGUAACGUCCAACGCAAUACGGGUUCGCACUGAGCAUUUUCUUCUCAACUACAACAAAAUCUGUGAGGUCGAGGACUACGCUUUCAACGAGUCGGAGAUCGCCAAGCUGAGUCUCAAAGGAAAUAAAGCGUUGGUCGUGAUACGGCCUGAGGCGUUCGUUGGACUCAAGAGUCUCCGCGAGCUGGACCUGUCAGAGACUUCGAUUUCGCAGCUGCCGAGCAAAGGGCUGAAAGAAAUUGAGAUCCUGCGGCUGGAGAAUACGUGGCAGCUCAAAGAGAUCCCUUCCAUAUAUAACUUCGAGUACUUGAAGGCCGCAUUUCUCAACUACGCGUACCACUGCUGCGCCUUCCAGUUCCCCGCCAAGCACGACCCACAGGAAUUCGAGAAACACCAGCGUUUCGUGCAAAUGAUCCAGGACAAAUACUGCAAGAACUCCGCCGGGAACCGGUCAAAACGCGCUUCCAAUGCCUCCAGAGACGACGGUUUCGGCGAGUUCGGAAGAGUGGUGUAUUCUCCGGAUAACAUGAGCACGCCACAGCACACGGUCCCCGACUGGGGUAUGCUGGAGCAGCAGAGCCCGCCCAACUUCGACCCUUACUUUCUGGAUCCGCACCUAGGCUUCGGACAGGUGAGCGACUCGGGUGCUCCUGGGGGCUUUGCAUCAGAGGACAGUGGUGUUUUCCACCAGGCCCCCGGUGACGGCACGCCGCACCUGGUUCACGCCUAUUGCGGCAACCUGUCGCGUGCGCUGCGCGACGUCAAAUGCAGCCCCACCCCGGACGCGUUCAACCCCUGCGAAGACCUGAUGGGCAACUGGUGGCUCCGGGUCUCCUCGUGGCUCGUCGUGCUCGCAGCCGUCUUUGGAAAUCUGGCUGUCUUGGUGGUCCUCCUCAGCUCCAGGUUUCGAAUGACUGUACCCAAGUUCCUGAUGUGCAACUUGGCCUUUGCUGACCUUUGUAUGGGGACGUACCUGCUGAUGAUCGCAGCGAUGGACGUGCACUCGAUGGGCAUCUACUUCAACUACGCUAUUGAUUGGCAAGAAGGCUACGGCUGUCAGGUGGCUGGUUUUCUGACAGUGUUUGCUAGCGAGCUGUCCAUUUUCACGCUGACGCUGAUCACAAGUGAGCGCUGGUACGCAAUCACGUACGCACUGCAUCUGGACAAGCGGCUUAAACUGUUCAGCGCGGCCAAAAUCAUGGCCCUGGGCUGGCUUUACUCGAUCACAAUGGCCACACUUCCAUUGCUCGGCAUAAGUGGAUAUUCCAAAACAAGUAUUUGCCUGCCGAUGGACAACACAGACCUUGAAGACCAAGUGUACUUGCUGACUCUGCUGCUGGUGAAUGGACUGGCAUUUGUGCUGAUCUGCGGUUGCUACCUGAAAAUCUACUGCACCAUCAGCGGGCACAACACGAUCGCCUCGCGCACGGACACCACGGUGGCGAAGAGAAUGGCGCUACUCGUGUUCACAGAUUUCGCCUGCUGGGCGCCGAUCGCUUUCUUUGGGCUCACUGCUGUCGCUGGAUACCCACUAAUUGACGUCACGGGGUCAAAGGUGCUGCUAGUGUUCUUCUACCCUUUGAACUCGUGCGCGAAUCCGUACCUGUACGCCAUCCUGACAAAGCAGUACCGGCGCGACCUGCGGGCCAUGUGCUCGCGGCGCAGCUACUGCACCAAGAAGCCGGCCAAGGUGGUGGCCGCCGCGUCGGCCAUCUCGCAGCCGGUGCGCAACACGUACUCGACGGGGCCGCAGCAGCCCAACAGCGCGGCCGACCUGCGGCCGCUGGAGCAGCGUCGGGCGUCGUCCACGGCCGGCGGCCGGGAGGCCAGCGGCCGCGAGGCCAGCUCCAGCAGCAGCCGCUCCAAGGGCUCGCCGCACCCCCUGCGCAACUCGACCACCAAGCUGCACAUCACCGGCGAGCAGGAAAUGUUGCUACGCAGGGCCGUCGAGCAGGCCGUCCUGCCUGACCCCCACAGUGCCCCCGAGCCCUACAUUAGCAGCAACGUCUGAGCGCACUGACCCCACGGAAGAGUGCGGACAUUGAAUAAUUUAGCAAACGGUUGGCAGAGAAAAGUCAAUUAAAUCGUUGAGACAUUUAGGCUCAAGCUGUGAAUUCUAGACGAAAAAGCUUGGGAUGUGGAAAAAUAUAGCAAUUGUUAAAAGCGCGACAAAAUUUUUAAGUUCAUUUUGCCCUGUCUAUUUGGAUUUGGCGGAAGAACUCUGACUCUCUACUUGCUGGUUUUCCCUUCCAAUCACGCGUAUGUUAAUUUAACGCGGAAAAUGUUUAAGAAAUAAAAACUUCACGUCUAGAAUGCAGAGCUGCAUGAUUUAUUCCGAAUGAAAGAUGAAAAUAAGUUUCCAAAGUCGCAAAGAUUGAACACUUACUCCACGCAAUUGUCUUAUUGCUACGAUUGUUUCCAUGUUAAAGCGUCAAUCGGGCAGGCACUCGCUUUUUUUCAAAACCAUUUCCAUCCCCUCAAACUAAGCGUCAAUCAAGAAGUGCCUAAAUUUAUUUGCUACCGGUCACAGGCUGUUCAUUAUGCGACAUAAAAGACAAAUAUGGCUUCAAAAUUAAUAUCUCUGCCAAUCCUAGGCUAAAAUAUGUGUACGCAGAAUACCCGUUGGACCACCACCGUUUCUUCUGUGCCAGUGUAUGAUGUUUGUGAACUCUGUGCCAAAUGUUCAGCGCUAAACUUGCUUACAAUUAUAGAUCCCAUCUGAUGGUGAGUGAAAUUCUUCAUUACAGAAUCGAAAGAGUUCUUCUAAUAUCGGAAAUCUUACAGUAAUUUGGAUAUUUUGACUUAAAAUUUUAUGAAUUUUGUAAGAGCACAGUCCUUUGUGCCCACACUGAUAGCGAGAUUCAUCAGAUUCUGCUUCUUUGGCAAAUAUAACGUACCGCGUCAUUCACAGAUGGGAUUAUUCCCAAGGCGUCCACCGAUACAAUAUUGUGAAUUUAGUUUAAAAAGCUUACUCAUCAUUGUUAACGAAAGUUUGGUUUGAAUUUAUGGUGAUAGAUCUACCUCAGCAAACCGAGAUUUUAGGGCUGCAUUGCCUUUCUUGAAAUAUGUCUUGUUACAAGAAAAAAAACCAGUAUCAUGCAUACCUACGAUAUUCUGUUACUUCCAUACAUUUGCACAGAAAUUUAAGUCAAUUCCUCACGGCAUUUACCGCUCAUUGUUUCCCAUAAAAGAGGAAAACAUUACAUUAAACAUCUACGUCAUUUGUAGUUGUCGUUCGUAAGCAGGGUGGCAUACUUUUUUGCAUUUCAGCAACCGCCAGAGAGUUAGGUCAUUUAAAAUUCUUCUUCCUAAAAAGCUGAAGUGUCAUACCUAGAAAUCAUUUUUGUACAGUUGUCUCAAUGCUCUCCAUUAAAUUUGGAAAAUUUGAAGAGAACGAAGUGAAACACCUUUUUAAAGUACCGGGGUCUUUUGAUUUGUAUGUACGGGUCUAUUUUUACCAGACGAACAUCAAUAAAAUAAAAUUACAUUUUUCGUUAUGAUUUGUGUGUAUGAAUGCGAUGGGAGAAAAUUAUGGACGGAUUGUUAUGCAUCUGUGCGAUUAUUGCAUCCAGAGUGUAAAAAGCCCAUGUACAAAUUUAUGUGUGUUUAGCUAAUAUUGUUUUAAAUAUUUUGCGAUUUUUUUCUAAAAAAUAUACACAUAUAUAGAUAGAAAAGGUGUUCCAGGAAUCAAGACAAAUUUAUAUGUGGACGCUGGAGAGCUUUGCCUCUUUGGCGUAUUUCCUUAUACAUUUUCCCCAUGUCACACUUGGCGGCUGUACUACUUACAAUACUGUGCAUACUAUAUUGACGUCUGUGACGUUAUGGAGCGUCGGGCAGGUUGCCUAACGGCGGAAGCAGCAGGCGCUUCUUGUUCAUGCAUGGCUACCCACAAGAGGUCGCGUAAAACAAAAACCAUCUCAAGCCUCGCUGCUCGGAAAGAGGCAGUGAAAAGGAAAUUUAAGUGCGUGAAUUUUAUGUUGUCUGUUUUUACGGCAAGCAUACACGUAUGCAAAAGACGUGUUUCACUUGACUUGAGAACCGCAAUUAUCGCGACUCUAGAAAAUAAAAAAAUUCUGCAUCUCCAGCCGAAGAAAUCAACCGAUCAAUAUGGUUAUUUCGACGAUUCAAUCAGUAGAUUUUAGGAUAUUUUAACACAAAUUUCGCUUUUAAUAAUUAAAUUCUGAACUUGUAGCUCUUGCAUACUUAGAAUACUCUAGUUUAUCUAUACAAAUUGAUCUGAGGAAGGAACUUUGACCAGACUGUUAUAUUGUAUUGUUGCUCUAAAAUUAAAUUUUGUAAUGUUCACCGAACUUAAUGAAAUUCCGUGUUUUACUCUCAAAACGGGCAGCUUAAUGUGAUUUGCGAGUUCAUCGAUAUAUUGUUGAACUGAAGAGUGGCCUAAUGGACCAUAAUUCAUUCACUUAAAAAAUAUGUUUGCCGUUUGAUUAAUUGUAAACAAAGAAUAACUGGCUGGCGUGUAUCACUAAAGUGAAAUAUUGUACGCGUGCAACCAGCAUUGGAGCAUUCCAAACUUGGCUGUUUGAAAUUGGAUAUGUGCAUGUUAUGGAUUGGAUUAUAUUGUGAAUUUUUUUGCAAGAGAUUGAAAUUCGUUACGUUGUAGCUGUGCAAAAAAUUGGUCGAGUUGAUGGCACAUGUGAGAUGUUCUUUUUUAAUAAAGCGCCUGGUGGGCAUCAUCA